AUGGGAAUUGGAGGACACUCAACACCCAUUGUGGGGCUAGCUGAAGGUGUUCAUCUUUGUAUUGACGAGGAGGAACAGAAGGGUGCUAACUUCUUUAUUGCUCGAGGUAAAGUAUACACAGUGUUGGGAAGGCCAUUCCUAGCAGAUCAUAAGAUUCCAGGUUGGGAAAUGGCCCCUCCUCAAAGGAUAGCCGACAAAUGUUUUAGCAUGAUGAUCGAAAAUUACGCGGAUUUCAUGGAUAGCUCAGGGGAAGAAGACAAGGAAUUGACAAGACAAGAGGAAGGAUCGGGAAGUACGGAGUCUCAUGACUGGGACAAUACCACACUCGGGAGCGAGGACCGGAGCAAGGCGAGCCAGGAUAGUGGAGAGUGCAAUAAUGAGUGGAGUAGUAAUACAAGCACUUGGGAAAUUGAGAACAACACGCCAGUAACAAAGACAGAACAAAGCGAGUGGACACCAUUUCCGGAGUGGGAAGCCUUCAGGUGUAAGGGAAGUUAUAAUUUGGUGACAAUCACAGCUGAUUACGUGGAUCAUGGAUAUCCGGUUAAAGAGUUCCUCCGUAUGUAUCCAGAAACUUACGAAUCUAAGGCGGGGGGAAUUUGGGACGAGCUACCGGGAUACACAGCUGGACGCAUUGGGUUUAUAAUGUUGCUAACUACUAAUGGAACAAAAGGAUACUUAGAAAAUUCCUACAUUUGGCCAGAGGAGUGGUGGUUUGUUGAUGAAGAACAACUUGCAAUAUUCGAUUGGCAGGCAUUUAAAUGGGUGCUACGCAACGAGCAGGCACGACUUGGAAAAGACUUUGAAACCUUCUGGAAAGAUUGGGAGUAUGCCGCUAUUGCGGACUAG